UAGAGCUAUCGACUCAUUGUCGCCGUAGUUUUUGAAUAUUUUGUUAUUUACAUUUCUAUCCCAUUUAAACGAGGGGUGCAAUGGUGAUGACAACAAACCUUGUACUACCAUCAUAAGUUCACAAGGAAUAUGUUUCAGCUCUUCACUACAACAAAGUAAUGGAUAGUACUGAGUACUCUCAAGCAGACAAGUCUUUAGAACCAUUCCUUUUGGAAGACAGUGGUCAAGACAAUGAACCAGGGCUUCCAUAUAACCAAAGAACUAGUACUCCUACUGAAAAUGUGUCCCUUCGUGAAAAUGAAGGUUUAGUAAUUACAAAUGGACAGGUAUCAAAUCAAGAGGUUGUGCUGUCUCCUCUUUUAAAUUCUGGGUGCAAAUCUAGCACUCAGUCUCAGGAUCAAGAAAGUUUUUCACAAGAACAAAGCUUUCAUACCCCCAGGGAAAAUUCAACUGAGGAGAAUUCUAGAGACGAGUCCCAGUCACUUUAUACCUCAGCAUCAUCCAAUGUAAAUGUUACAGUGACUGCAGACAGUUUUGGUGCAGAGAAAGGGAAUAUUCUGGACCUAUCUAAGCAAGAAACUCUACAUCAAGUGACCUUUAGUCCUGAAAAUGUUAGUGAGACUUCUGCUCAAGACACUUCCUGGGCUACUGCCCAUGGCUCAUUUCAAGAUGAUUCUGAUGUAAAGGAUGUGACCAUGAAACAAGAGCCAAGUUAUUUGUCAGAAGAAUCCUUUGAUGAAUCUCUGAAUCCCUUUUUUCGGGAGAGUAACGUUGUCAUCAGAGCUGAUGAUUUCACACAAGAUUUGAAUAAUUCAACAUACAAAGAAAUUACUUUUGCUUUUAUGAAUGACCAAAAUUUACAACAUGAAAAAAAUAGUGGCAAAGAAAUUGCUGAAGGAACAAAUCUUGCAGCGGAUAUGGACUCUCCUAAUUUAGACCUUUUGAAUGAGAUCUGUGAGGAGGCCACCAAUAUGACAAUUAAAGAGGCCUUGAUUUUUUCUCUAAAUCCAGGAGUACGAGCUGGAUUAAGUGAGGGUAGAUUGUCACUAAAUGAGAGUGAAAUAUUAGCCCUGGAACAGUACUGUGAAACAUUCAUUGAUGAUUUGAUUUCAGAACUUUUGGAUGGGCAGUGGUCAGAGAGGAUCAACAGUGAAGCUCAUAAGCAGGUGCUUCUUGAUAGCAAGGUCUCAGUGGCUAAAAAACUCAGUAAUCUUGAUUUAGAAACACUGAAAUUGAACUGUGAUAGAUUUGUUCGUAUUGUCAUCACAGAGUCAUUACAUGAUGCUAGUUUUGCGAUCCACACAAGGGACACUAAACCAACAGAAUGUAAUGGGGAAGAAAGAAUGAAUUCUCUUGAUCAAGACAGCAUCCAAGAUCUUCUUCCAAUUUUCAAACAAUCUACAGCCAUCCAGGAUUAUAUUGGAUUUCUCUCAGCAGACAUUGUUAAGUCAGCAUUGGCAAAGUUGUCUACUUCUGAAUCCAUAGCAACCAACAAUGAUGAGAAAAAUGGUCAGCUGAUAGUGAGUAACAAUAGCACAUCACAUAUCAAAACAAGCACACAGGUAGCAGAUUAUACUUCUAAAUGUGAAGAAGCAUUACCUGAAAGUGAUGGAAAAACAAAGAAUGACAUGAGGAAAUCUCAGAGGAAAUAUAUAAACAGUGAAGAUCAAGACAAUGAAACAAGAACUGAUGUUGCAUCAAUAGGCGUUGAUGAUGAUUAUGAAAUACACUAUGAGAGAGAAACAGAUGAGCUUUCAGAUGAUGAACAGAUUUUUUCUAGCAGUGUAGCUGGUGCUUUAGAGACAUCUCUGGAGUUUGAUCCAGAUGGUGGUAUGUGGGAUGAAGGGGAAAUAUUUACAAACUUGAAUUCAUUGGAUGCAGAGAGAAAACAGAAAAUAGUACUACGAGAACUAUCAUUUGAUGAGCAUGUCGAUGUUGCUGGAACAGAAGUACUGGCACCUGUCUUCCUUGCAAUUGCAGAGGAGAACGAUGAUGACAGUGAAUUUCAAGGAAUGAGAAAGAAAGCACAGUCCAUUGAGAACCUGUGCACUGUCAUCAAUGAGAAUGACAAUCGAAGGCAAAGAAGUUACUCAGCUCCAAAGAAAAUCGCUUCACUUUUCCAAACUGAUGUCAGAACAGAACAGGACAACAGUGAUAAUGCAGAAGACAGUGAAAGAGAAGUCCAUGAACAGGAGUAUGAAGGAGAUGAAAGUGAGACUGAAGAUGUGGACGAACAAGAUGAUGACAAGACAAGGGUAGAAGAAACCGCUCCAUUAAAAGUUCAGCUAGAAGCUGAAUCAUCAGGUGAUGACAGGUUCCGUUGGCAUACUGUGAGUGUACAUGGCAGGGACAAGGUACUUGAUUUGAGGCUUCUGGAGCCGUACAUGAAAGUCAUCUCUCAUGGAGGUUAUUUUAGUGAUACUAAGUCAACCAUUGUUGUGAUUGCUGCCUGUUAUCUACCUGAGAAGACUAUAAAGAACUAUGAUUUUCUAAUGGAGCAACUUUUCUUUUAUGUUAUAAGCACUUUGGAACUUCUGGCAAUCCAUGAGGAUUACUACUUGGUGUACUUCAAUGGUGGAACAAGACAGCAAAACAUGCCAUCUGUAACAUGGAUGAAAAGAUUCUACCAAUAUAUUGAAGGAGGGCUAAAGAAAAUGAAAGAAAUGUUCAUUGUGCAUCCCAAUUUUCGACUCAAAGCAGUUAUUACACUUGCCAAACCACUGAUUAGUUCUAAUUUUUGGAGAAAACUCAGUUUCAUAAACACACUUAGUACUCUUUCAAGCCUUGUUCCAGUAGACUACAUUUACAUCCCUGAUGAAGUGAUGAGAGUUGAUCCAACCUACAGACAAGUGCACAGUAGGUGAAAGCAUUCAACCCUCAAGAAGUUACUCUGAAUUUAUUGAAUGAUAGGAUUGUUGAAACAUGAAUAAAUUUAGUUAAUGUCCUUGUAGUAAAAUAAUGACAUAAUUUCAUUUAGCUUCUGUAUCCAGAACCAAAUUCAUUUUUGGUAAAGCUUACAUAUAGAUUCUUAUUUCAAUUUCUUGUCAGCUUACCAAAAAAGGUCAACCUAGUAACAAUAAAUGUUUAAUUAAGUGACUAGAUUUUGAUUUAGGAAGCAAAGUUUUACAUGGAUAUUCUUGUUUUGGGAAUGGUGUUAUACUCCUUAUCAUUUCUUGGUCACAAUAAUUAUAAUAGUUUUCAUGUUCUGCAUGUCCUAGUGGCUAAGAGCUAAAUAUACCUAACUUAUUUUUUGAUUUUACAAAAAUUCAACCAGCUAUGCUGGCAAGAAUAAUUAUCAAUACACCUAUAGUUACAUUAAGUUAUUAAAAUUUAAUGAAUUAUUAUUUUUAAGUUCUUUUAAUCACAUUUAGUGGUAGUUUUCCAUGUUUAGUUGCAAGGAAAAAUUAAUGCAAGGUAGGUAAAUUUAUUUAGGGUUCAUUAAGCUUGCCUUGUGACCACACAAAACCUUGGACUAUAUAAGAGAGUUUUUCUGCUCCACUCAUGUUAAAAAAGAUCCAAUAAAAUCAUGAUGAGAUUUUAUGAAUGGUCUUGAAAGAAAAACAAAUGAAAAAAUCUCUGUCAUCUGAUUUGUACAUUUUCAACAUGGAAUAAAUGUUUUAAGAAAUUGGAGAAAACAAUUUUGAUUACUUCACAUUAGAGAGUUUUCUUGGCUACUGGGGCUUGUGUACAUUAGCAGGUAUAAAAUGAACCAGAUAGUCCAAGAAAUACUACAGUUCAGGUAGCACAAAGCAUUUUGUAGCAAAUUAGUUGGCACAGAGUGUCCAUGUGUUCUCUAGAAAAAUGUUCAGUGCUUCUGCCACAAUAAGAUGAAACAGAACCAGAUAGUAAAAAAGUUGUACAAUACUAGCGGAAUGUUUUUUUUUGUGUGUGUGUAACUAACAGUUACAGUACUGUACCAGGUUCUGCAAAGGAACCAACUGAAUUAAAAUAAUUAACCAAUUUAAAUUAUGUAAUAUUAGAAUACUUCUUCUAAAUUAUAUUUUAACUUGUUUAAUUAACCUAGUGUUAAGUGUUUGUUUUCUUGCUUCAACUGUGGGCUAACUCACUGCUGAAUGAUAAUAAAUAUGUUGGAUGAUAAUAAAUGUUGUAGGUUUAAAAAACUGA